GUGGCCGGGCCGUGGCGCGCCGGGAAGGCGGAAGCGGCUCCCGGGCAGCGGGGCCGGGGCUCCGCAGGGGCCAUGGCCGGGGCCGGCUGGGCCCCGCCGCGCCUCGACGAGUUCAUCCUCACCGAGCCCCUCGGCUCGGGCACCUACGCCACCGUCUACAAGGCCUACAGGAAGAGGGACACCCGUGAGGUGGUGGCCAUCAAAUGUGUCAACAAGAGGAGCCUGAACCGGGCAUCGGUGGAGAACCUGCUGAUGGAGAUCGAGAUCCUCAAGACCAUCCGCCAUCCCAACAUUGUGGAGCUCAAGGACUUCCAGUGGGACAGUGAGCACAUCUACCUGAUCAUGGAGUUCUGCGCCGGGGGGGACCUCUCCCGCUUCAUCCGGAUGCGCCGGAUGCUCCCCGAGAAGGUGGCACGCGUCUUCCUGCAGCAGCUCGCCUGUGCCCUGAAGUUCCUGCACGACCACAACAUCUCCCACCUGGACCUGAAGCCGCAGAACAUCCUCCUGAGCGCCCCGGAGAACCCCCAGCUGAAGCUGGCAGAUUUCGGCUUUGCUCAGUACAUGUCCCCGUGGGACGAGAAGCACGUGCUGCGCGGCUCCCCGCUCUACAUGGCCCCCGAGAUGGUGUGUCGGCAGCACUACGACGCCCGCGUGGACCUCUGGUCGGUGGGCGUCAUCCUUUACGAAGCACUUUUUGGGAAGCCGCCCUUUGCUUCCCGCUCCUUCGCCGAGCUGGAGGAGAAGAUCCGCAGCGACCGGGCUGUGGAGCUUCCCAGCCGGCCCCAGCUCUCUCAGGAAUGCCGGGAUCUCUUGGGACAGCUGCUGGAGAGGGACCCUCGGAAGCGCAUCUCCUUCGAGUGCUUCUUUGCCCACCCCUUCGUGGACAUGGAGCACAUCCCCGGCCCCGAGAGCCUGGGCAAGGCGACCGACCUGGUGGUGGAGGCGGUGAGGAAGGAUCAGGAGGGAGACGCCGGUGCCGCCUUCUCCCUCUACCGCAAAGCCCUGGAGUAUUUCGUGCCAGCACUGCACUAUGAAAGCGACGCACGGCGCAAAGAAGCCAUCCGGGCCAAGGUGAGGCAGUACAUCUCCCGAGCUGAGGAGCUGAAGGUGUUGGUCACCUCCAGCAACAAGAACCUCCUGGAGAAAGGAAACCCGGCCAGAGAGCUCCUUAAAGAGAUGGCCAAGGACAAGCCCCGGCUCUGCGCGGCGCUGGAAGUGGCUUCAGCUGCCAUUUCCAAGGAGGAGGAAGGCAGGGAUGACAGUGACGCCCUGGAGCUGUACCAGCAGAGCCUGGGGGAGCUGCUGCUGCUCCUGGCCGCGGAGCCGGCGGGGCGGCGGCGGGAGCUGCUCCACGCCGAGAUCCAGACCCUGAUGGCCCGAGCCGAGUACCUGAAGGAUCAGAUCAAGAUGCGGGAGGCACAAUCCAUGGGCAAAGAGGCGCUGGCAGAGUCGGUCCGGAGCGCUGGGUGGUUCUUCAACCUCCUAAAUUCUGGGAGAGCCCACACGAACCACAAAUCCGGCCGGGAGCUGAGGGUGGGCAGGGAUGCUCCGCUGUGCCUUCCUCGCCCAGCACCUACCUCUGCAUCCGCCGCUGCUCGGCCAGCCUCCAGCACCCGCUGCACUGGCCCUGCCCGGCCAUCCUGCCUGCCUCUCGCUGCUGGAGCUCUGGGAAUGAGGCUUUUCCUUCCUAAACCUGGAGCCCUGCCUCUCACUGCUGGAGCUCUGGGAAUGAGGCUUUUCCUUCCUAAACCUGGAGCCUGGCAGUUCUGGCUGCAUCUCAGUGUCACCACCGCGAGCAGCGCUCGGCGGGGACCGAUUGAGUCGGGCACGAGCAGCAGUCAGUCACCUUCAGGGGGACACUCUCAGCAUCCCGCCUGCCCUGCUCCACUCCUCAGGGCCCUGAUCUCAAAAACAUCCAAAUCAUAUUCCCAGGAGUCAUUGUUAUGGGGUGCUGAUGUUGCCUGUCCUGCAAAACAAGGUACUUGUCUCAAAAUCUACUGUAUCUCAAGGGAAUGUAAUUUAUUGUCUUUAAUAAACUUUAAUUUUGAUUUCUCCACCUCCUCUGCACUCAGAUUUGUGAUUUAAGCCUCCGGGGGGGUCCCCAGGCAAACCCAGGACCCAGAGGCCACCUGGGGUCCUGGAGGCAUCGAGGCGGGCUGGGGACCCUCGUGUCUGUUCCCCCAGGAGCAGAGCUGGGGUGUCCCCUCCUCUGCUCCAGCAGUGCUGUUCCUUCCUGUGCUCCCCAGGGACACGAGGCAGCCAAAGCAAGGUUUGACCUUGUUUUCACUUCCCAUCUUUUUUAUUUUUCUGUGUGUGUGGAAAACACGGAGCAGAACGACACGAGCCGUUACGUAAAACCCUCUUUCCUCCAAUAGAUUCUUGUGGCGGGU